UUGAGAAUUAUUACCAUGAUCGCUAAGGUCGCCAUUUUCUGCGCUGCUUUUGCAGCAGUCCAAGCCGGUGUCUUGAUGAAAUCUCACCUCGUCAGCACUGGAGUGAGCACUUCAUCUAGACAACAGGAUGCAUAUGGCAGCUAUGCUUUCGGCUAUGACAUCAAGGACGGACUCGGUGCCACCAACUCCCGAUCCGAAGUAGGCGAUGCCCACGGAAACAUGAAGGGAACCUACACCCUUGCCGACAUCGACGGAAGGGCCAGACGAGUGGACUACGUCGCUGAUGGACACGGAUUCCGAGCCGUUGUCAAGACCAACGAACCCGGAACCGCUGCCAGCGCCCCAGCAGCUGCCCUGAUCAACAGCCCAUAUGCCGAACCCGUCGCCCCAGUUGUCAACCAUGUAGCCCCUGCACCUGCCGUUGUUGGACAUGUUGCAGCUCCAUUGGCUGUAGCUGCUCCUGUAGCUUAUGGUGGUGUGUUGGAACACGGACAUGCUGUUGGACUAGGAUAUGGAACUGGUCAUGGGCAUGGCAUGAUUCACUAA